AUGACUAGUAUAUCUGUGAGUGUGAAUGGAGAAUGCAAAGUUCCCCCUGGCUUCAGAUUUCAACCAACCGAAGAGGAGCUCUUGCUAUAUUACCUGAGGAAGAGGGUCUCAUGUGAGAAGAUCGAUCUAGACAUAAUUUGUGACAUUGAUCUCAAUAAGUUUGAGCCAUGGGACAUUCAAGGUACAUCAUCUCCAAUUACCACAGUAGGAAGCCUUUAA